AUGCCUCCAAUGCCUCCAUUUGCUCCAUUCCAGUUCAGAGGAAAUUCUAACUAUCGUGGCUCACGCCCUAAUCCGCGACACGAGUUCACUUUCCGGUACCAGAAACCUGCCACUUCAGACCGACCCUUAUUAUCCUCGAAGAGAGAAAGCACGCCCGAACGACUCCAGGGCGAGAAUGAGACCAAGCCUGCACUCAGAUUUGCGGAACUUUCUACUUUGAGCGACAGUGAAGAAGCAGAAAUGGACAUGUCUGAUGACUCCGACACAGAGCGACCGCGCAAGAGACGUGCAGUAGGUUCUGAUGGGCCCCAAGAAGCUGCUCCAGCUCCUCCAGUUCCUAAAUGGUCGAACCCUGAUCCGUACACUGCGCUACCUCCCCCAGCUGAAACUACAAACAAAAGGGUGGAUGUUGUCAAGCUGAUUCGCAAGGCGAGACUUGACAUAGCUGCAAAGACGGACGAAACAGACGCAGUCAAACAGAACUCAGACUUUAUUUCUCUUGGCAUGGAACCUGAACCAGAAGUUCCUCAGAGCAACGCUCCCGAUAACGCUCCCAGAGGGCCAAAGGCCCAGGAAGGUCUAGAUUCCGCCAUUGCGAGUCGAAAGCGAACCCACGACAGUGAGAUCAAAGGGUACUCCCGAAAGACUGGAAAGCCUGCCAGCAGAUUCAACUCUGAUGGUUCUGUUAUCGAUCAAUGGAAACCACUCACCCCAGAGAGAGGCACGCCUUGGUUUGAGGGCACCCCAGCUUCCUUGCACGUGGGAACCCAGCUGCAUAAUGAGAUUCUCAGCUUCUAUCACUGGGCCAAGCCACAGGAAUUUGAACAUAUCGUCCGUGCAGAUCUUGUCAAUCGAUUGGAGACCGCAUUCCAACAACGAUACCAUAACGUUUCAAUCCGGGCCUUUGGUUCUUUUGCCUCGGGUCUUUAUCUCCCCACUGCUGAUAUUGAUUUGGUGCUGCUUUCUCACACAUUUUUGCGCACGGGAGUUCGAACAUUUGGAGAGAGGAAGGGUCAGAUCUACGCGUUUUCGGCUUUCCUCAAGAGCACAAAUCUCGCUGUUCCCAACUCGAUCGAAUGCAUUGCCUCCGCCCGAGUUCCGAUUCUCAAAUACGUGGACAAGCUGACUGGAUUGCGAGUGGAUUUGUCCUUUGACAAUGACAGUGGCUUGGUCGCCAAUGAGACAUUCCAGAAAUGGAAAACUCAGUAUCCUAUGAUGCCGGUUAUCCUGGCCGUGAUUAAGCAGUUCUUGUUGAUACGUGGCCUCAACGAAGUCCCAACCGGUGGAAUCGGAGGUUUCUCCAUCACUUGUUUGGUCACGAGUCUUCUCCAGCAUCUCCCCCAAGGCCACAUGCAGCCAAAUCUCGCAACAAUCUUGCUGGACUUUUUCAAUUUCUAUGGGAAGGAAUUCUGCUAUGAUAGGCUGGCAGUCCGCAUGGAUCCUCCGGGCUAUUUCAACAAGGGCUAUUAUUUUGGCAAUCCGGAUCGUCUCACCAUCGAAGAUCCCAAUAACCGUGACAACGAUAUCUCAGGCGGCACAAAGGAAAUUGGGUUGAUCUUCCGAGCCUUUUCUAAUGCCCACACUGCCCUGAGGAAUCGCAUGGAAUAUCUUGCACUUGUCCAAGGACCGAACAAGAGCAUUCUCGAACCCAUUAUUGCGGCGAACUUUGAUGAAUAUAUCGAACAACGCUUUCAGCUCCGCCAGGUGCUUCACCUCCGCCUCCGCCGCCGGGAUCCCCCCCCUGCUAACGAAGCCUCGCCUCCUCCUCCUCCCCCUCCUGCGGACGGAACCCGCUCUCCCAUGCCAACGGCCGCAGCUCGCAAGCCUGCCACAAAGCCUAAAGGAAAGUUGAAGGGCACAAAAUCGGAGCCAGAAGAUAUCUCUUCUGAUGAAGCGCCCGAAUCUGAACCAAAGUCUGCCAAGGCUCGCAAGGGUGAGACAAGACGUCAGUUGUGUCAAGAACGUGCUGCCAGGCUCAAACGCCUGAGGCCUGACCUCACCAAACUUCCCAACACCCUCAGCCUCCGCCAAGCUCGCCGCCAUGCAGGUUACGAGACCGAUGAGCAGAUGAAUGCGGACUUGGACCGAAGAGAGCAGGAACUUCUCGCCUCGGCAUAA